CAUGGUUGCACGUGCCUAGAAUGGUUCCUGCCUAUGAGGUACAACACCUCACCUUUGAGUUUGAACUUUCAAAUUCUCAAAUUCUUUUUUAUCAACAACAACAACAGCCCUGCAUUCAUCUCUGGUUAGUGCAGCUUUGAACAACUUCAUUUCCGAAAGAGAAGAGGAAAAAUCGCAUUCAUCAUGGCCGACGCUUCGAUUGAAGCUUCGCACAAGCGCAAGUUUGAUGACGAAAUUGAUGUUUCUUCAGACCUGUUGGCUGCUGCUGCUCCUGGCCCAGCUGCUACAGAUGUAAAGAAACCUAAUCUUGUCGAGGAUGUAAACACUCAAGUGCUUGUUGGAUCGAGUACGUUGCAUCAUGAAUACCAUCCAGUUUUUUUGGCCUUUACUAAAUUUUUGACAGUUACCGCCGGUGAAGGUGAUUCAGACGAAGGCGGAACCAUUACCAAUCAGAAUUAUUGCCAGCCUGCUGUUUCCGACGCUGAAGAAUCAGAUAUCGGAAUGUCAGAAAUUUCGGAGAUUAUGUUUGAUGAUGAAGAUGAAGAUGAUGAACUCGAAGAGGAGCACUCGUACGGAGAUGAAGAUGAUUACGAAGAUUCCGAUUCAGAGCCACGUGAAUAUGCAGUCGAGGAGCGCGAGAUUACUGUACAAAAGGAUGGUACGGAUCAGGUAGUCAAGUUGAGACUCUUUAUGACUAAGGAAGAAGAGUUCGAGAAUUGGCUUCAGAUGAUCCAUGUCGCUUGCACCGUCGACGGCCAAAGAAUUGGUUGUGCUUUUGGCCGAUAUAUCCGCCGAGAAGAAAUUCGAGAACAUUUUUGGAGCGAGAUGGAGGCUCCAUGCAGUGAUAUGAGUUCAAUUGCAUUCGAGCUUUUUGAUCGGUAUGGGUACCUUAAUGACCAUCUUAAGAACCAUUAUGUGCAGAAGGGUACAGGCGUAUGGGGAAGUGAAUUAGACUUCGGUCCACUUUUUCUCAUCGAGCAUAUUGAAAUUACAGACAGGGAAUGGAGACGAAAAGGUCUAGGACGAAUUAUUGUUACUGCCAUGAUAGAAAAAGCUCAAGAACAGCAGAAGCCGCAAAUUCCAAGUCCUACAGAGAUACCAGCAGAGAAAGUAUUAGAUGAAAUAUUUGCGGACAUGUUUUGGCAUGGAAAAAACCGAGAAAGAUACACAAAGCUUCACACUAUUUCAUUACCUGGGUGGCUUCAUCAUGAUGUUAAACCACUGUGGGAGGGUAAAUCUGAGCUCGAACAGCGUGACAUCAAUUAUCAAGCUGUUUAUGCUGCUGUUUCAUUUCAUCGAUCCCUUGGGUUUCGACGAAUUGGGGCUUCGAGCUGUUUUGGUCUAUCAUCUGACCCUGAUCACAAAUCCCAUUCCCUCGCAAUCAAGGACGAUUAUGAUCCCCCAGACCCAGCACCAGGGCCUGUGGAGGAACCGACAGAAGUCAUAGUCACAAUGCCAGGUAAAGAAGAAGACUUUCGUGCGUCUGCUUAUGGAAGGGCACUGGAAGAAACGAGACUGAAUAAAUUAAAGGAGAGACCUACACCCUUGAACUUCGCUGCUGUUACGCUCCCUGAUAUGGAACUCGUGGAAUUCUACAAGGCGUACCAAGCCGAGGACAAAAAGGAGUGGAAGCAGGCUGAUCGUCGAAACAACACCUUGCUCCACAUCACGGCAUGCCAAUCCAAACCCCAAAGCGUGAAAUGGCUAAUGGAAAACGCCAACGAUGAGCAGUGCUUGACACUAGCUCGUAAUCUGAAAGGAUACACGCCCCUUGAAGCAUUACAGGAUGACCUUAAUAUCCUCAGAACACGACGCAAACAUGGAAUGAUGACCAUUGUCAUCGCAGAUAAGUUUUCUGGCUUUACUCCUGAUGCUAUCCUCUGCCAAUUUAUACUAUUGACCGGAUUGAUGCCUGUGGAUUAUUCGGAUAUUCCGCUCUGCCUCCGUCUUAAAUAUGGUUGCACUUGUGGGGAAUGCGUUGGAGGCUUUUUAUCGCCACGCAUGAAACUAGCACUUCUUUUUCAAGCCGAAAGAGAAUAUGAGAUUAUGGAUGAUGCACUUGAGAUGUCGAGCCGUAGCAAUAGCCCUACUGAUUGGUUAUAUUUGGCUGAAGAUGUUAUCGAGCACGUCACGCCAGCUCUCCAGCGAGACUUUAGGACCAACAAAUCACUCCGUCGAGGUUUCGUAAAUAUUUUCGACCAUAUUGCGACUUGCUUAAAAGCCAACGAGGCACCAACGAGACAAAAUGUCUUACAAGCAUGGGAGAAAAGUGGAGAAUGGCCACCCGUAACUCGAAAUUAUCUUCAAUGGGGUGAUACUGUUGAGAAUAAGGUUGAAGCUGUGUUGGAAAAGAUAUUCGAAGGCGCGCAUUCUCAAAACGAAGCAUUUGGCGACGGCGAGUUCAUUCUUUGCAUGGAGGAAGAGGUCGAGAAAUCCAAGACAUGCAGGAACGAUCAUGAAUAUGGCUUUGUUGCUAAAUUGUGUGGUUUACCAGAGCGUAAUAACAACCCAGCGGGAAGAUUGGAGGGUAUGUUCGGCAGAAUUUUUUCGGGCAUGUAAUGAUUUGUGCUAGAUAUCUUCGUAUAGGUGCUCGACUAUGGCUAAUAUAGUGUCGGAUGUAGCAAUUUCGCUAGAUAGUUUCGUAUAUUGUGUAGGUGGAUGGCUAAUUGUGGCUAUCAUGUGCUUUUGUUUGCUUUCAAUUUUACACUUUGUAUGUAGCUAGCUAAUGGAAUUAAAAAAAAAGAA